AUGGAGAACACUAGCCCUGUCUUUAAGCCUCCCGUAGUAAAAGAGUACCUGACCAAAGGAGCCAGGUUUACCAAGUGGGAUGAUGACACAGCAGUUACAUCCCCAGUGACUCUAAAAUUGGACUCAAAGGGCUACUACCUGUAUUGGACCCACCAGAAUCAUGACAUGGAAUUUCUAGAACUUACAAGCAUACGGGACACAAGAUCAGGGAAAUAUGCUAAACUUCCCAAGGUUCAAAAGGUUCGUAAUGUGUUCAACUUGGAUUUUCCAGAAAGCCACUACUUAACAAAAACACUGACUAUAGUAUCAGGUCCCGACAUGGUGAACCUGACCUUUCACAACUUUUUUGCUUCCAAGGAAAAUGUUAGCAAGGAUUGGGCAGAUGAUAUACUGGCAAUUGCUUACAAUCCACUGAUGAACAAUGCCUGUAGACAAACCUACCUGGACAAGAUAUACGUACGAAUCACACUAAAGACAAACAAAGAUGGGAAGAUACCUGUGAAAAAUAUUUAUAAGAUGUUUCCUGCUGACAGAAAGAGGGUAGAAGCUGCUUUGGUUUCCAGCCAUCUCCCGAAAGGAAAGAAUGACACAAUGAAGCCAGAAGAAUUUACUGAAACACAGUAUAGGACAUUCCUGAUGAAUCUUUGCCCAAGACCAGAAAUAUAUGAAAUAUUUGCCACUUAUAGUGCCAAGGCGAAGCCCUACAUGACGAAAGAGAACCUGGCCAAGUUUAUCAAUGAAAAGCAGCACGACUCCCGGCUGAAUGACAUGCUGUUCCCCCCGCUGAAGCCAGACCAGGUCAAGAGCCUUAUUGAGAAGUAUGAGCCAGCAGCCGCAAACAAGCAAAGGGGUCAGAUAUCCCCAGAGGGGCUGCUGUUUUACUUAAUUGGCUCUGAAAACUACGUGGUUGCUCCUGAAAAUGUGAUUCUUCACCAGGACAUGAAUCAGCCAUUACCACACUACUACAUCAAGUCUUCACACAACACCUACCUCACAGCCGGGCAGUUUUCGGGAAUCUCUUCCCCAGAGAUGUACCGGCAGUGCCUUCUCGCAGGGUGCCGCUGCUUGGAACUCGACUGCUGGAAGGGAAAGCCACCAGAGGAAGAGCCAAUCAUCACUCACGGGUUCACCAUGACAACGGAGAUUCUGUUCAAGGAUGUUAUUGAGGCCAUUGCAGAGUGUGCUUUCAAAACCUCUCAAUAUCCAGUGAUCCUGUCUUUUGAGAACCAUGUUGACUGUGCCAAACAGCAGGAAAAGAUGGCAGAGUACUGCAGGACAAUAUUUGGAGAUGCCUUGCUUACAGAUCCACUGGAAAAAUACCCGCUGAAGCCAGGGCAUCCCAUACCAUCUCCUGCAGAACUAAUGGGGAAAAUCCUGAUCAAGAACAAAAAAAAUCAGUCGCCAAACAAGAAUGCUCAUGAGGCAGCUAAGAAACCACCAACAGGGGACUCUGCCCAUCCACACACCACCCACCCAGCCCACCAUGCCAGUACAGAUGAACUCAACAGAAGCACAGACCCGCAUUAUGGCCAUGAGGCAGAUCAUCAUGAUCAUCAUGAUGAACAUGACGACCACGACGAUCAUGACCACGAUGAGGAGAUGAUGAAGAACUCCGAUGAGGGUACAGCGGGCCAAGAAGUAAAUGCCGUUGAGGCGAUGUCUUCUUUGGUAAACUACAUCCAGCCAAACAAGUUUAUUUCUUUCGAGCAUGCAAAAAAAAAGAACCGUAGCUAUGCGGUCACCUCUUUUGUGGAGACUAAAGGGGGAGAGUUGGCCACCAAGUCUGCGAUGGACUUUGUGAGUUAUAACAAGAGGCAGAUGAGUCGAAUCUACCCCAAAGGGACAAGGAUGGACUCCUCCAACUACAACCCUCAGCUGUUCUGGAAUGCUGGGUGCCAGAUGGUGGCGCUGAACUACCAGACCAUGGAUUUUCCAAUGCAGCUGAAUAUGGCCAUGUUCGAGUACAACGGCAGAACUGGCUGGCUCCUCAAACAUGAUUUUUUGCGUCGCCCUGACAAGACGUUUGACCCUCACACUGCUGACAAAAUCGACGCCAUUGUGUCAAACACUGUCUCAGUCAAGAUAUAUUCUGGCCAGUUCCUGUCUGACAAAAAUGCAAAGACGGGAGUUGAGGUGGAGGUGAUUGGUCUGCCCGGUGACCCGAAACGCAAAUACAAGACAAAGUGGUCUGCAGCACACAACUCCAUCAACCCUGUGUGGAAUGAAGAGCCCUUUGUUUUUGAGAAGAUUCUGAUGCCGGAGAUGGCCUACUUGCGUAUUUGUGUUCAUGAAGAAAGUGGGAAGUUCAUUGGACACAGAAUAAUCCCUAUCCAUGCCCUGCGAUCAGGAUUCCACCAUAUAUGCCUACGAAGUGAGAGUAACAUGCCACUGGACCUGCCAGCUGUAUUUGCUUACAUCGAGGUGAAGGAUUACAUCCCGGCCUCUUUUGCAGAUUUCACAGACCUCCUAUCAAAUCCCUUUAAAGAAGAUAAGAAAGUAGUUAAACCAGCUCCUAUUGAGAUGCCCCCUCCUGAGACCUCAAACAACAAUACCCCAGAGACACCAAGUAAACCGGACACAGCUGUUCCUGACCCGGCAGCUGAUUCCUCUUCUGUUCCUGAAGUUGCUCCUGCUCCCACACCCACUCCGAUCCCAGCCCCUCGUGCUACCUCACGUGCUGCCCCCACUGAAGCCACCCUUGAAGCAACCCCUGAAGACACCCCUGCAGCCCCCCCUGCAGAAACUCCUGUAGCCCCCCCUGCAGAAACCCCUGCAGAAACUUCUGUAGCCCCCCCUGAAGCCCCCCCUGCAGAAACCCCUGCAGAAACUCCUACACCCCUGGCCCCCCCUGCAGACACCCCUGAAUUCCCCCCUGCAAACACCCCUGCAGGGACCCUGCUGCCCCCACUGAAGCCCCCACUGAAGCCCCCCCUGGGACCCCCCUGGGAAGCCCCCCCUGCUGCCCCCCCUGAAGCCACCCCUGCAGAAACCCCUGCAGCUCCCCAAGAGCCUUCCGAACCUUCCCCAGAGCCAACUACAGCAACCAUUGACGAGCUGAAACAACACAAAACCUUUGUGAAAAUCUCAAAGAAACACGAGAAGCAGAUAAAAGACCUGGAGACAAAGUACAAGAAAAAAGGGGAUGACCUGGUUAAGAAAUACAGCAAAAUAUUUGCAGCUCUUCAGAACCAGCUCAAAAAGAAGAAAGCAGGUUCCUUGAAGAAAGGUGACAUUAUUGACGCCCCAGACUCUGCCCCUGCCCCAGACCCCAAGGUGGCAGAGGUGAAGGAGAAACUCAAGACUGAGCUGACACAGCUGCGUAAGGAACAGUACGAUCUCACCAAGAAAAAGAAAGAAGAGCACAGUGCAGAGCAAUCUAUGAAGCUGCUGGAAAUAGCGAAACAAAAACAUGCAAGUGAGCUGAAAGCACUGAAGGAAUCAGUUGACAGUGAAACUAAAACCAGGAAGAAGAAACUUGAAGUGAAGCGAAAUGAGAAGAUCAGUGAAAUGGUGAAGUCUGGUUCUGAUAAAGCCACGCUGGAGAGGAUAAAAAAGGAGCUCAACACCACCUUUAUCCAGGAAGUUGUAGAGAUGACAACCACAGUUAGAGAACAGAUUGUUGGCCAGCAGGAAAAACUGGAGAAGAAACAAGCUGCCACUCUGGAUGAGAUCAAAGAGAAAACGGACAAGCAUAACCAGGAAGUGAACACAGAGUUUGAUGAGAAGAUGAAAGCUCUCCCUAAGGACGUGGAAGAGGGUGUGAACAGCACUGUCCGCCCAUACUUCCCAGAUGAAGUUGAGAAACCCAAGGAGAAUGGAUCAUAGGUUAAAGGUCUACCUGAUGAGAUGUACAUAGGUUAGAUGCUUUGGGAUGCCCUGUCCCAAUUAGUCAUUAGUUUGAAUUACCGGUGUGUUUGCAUUUAUUUAUUUGAUUAUUUUUAAUUGAAAUCAAGUUCAUAAGCUACAGUACAGCAUUUUUGGAUAGUUUGUGGGUUAGCAAGAGAUGGUCAAUGUUUACAAGAGCUGCUUAGAUACAUUGGGAAUUUGAAUUUGAAUGGUGAGUUUUGAGGCCAAAACUGGCUCCUCAGAACUUCAACAUUUUAAGGUAUCCAGAGGGGCUAUGUUUACAAAGCUGUUUUGAGAAAGUACGGCAUUCUUUUCAAAUCAAGCACAGUUGAUUUUUUAAAAAUCAUUUAUGUACACUAAUAAAAAAAAAAAACAACAUACAGGCUUCCAUCAUUUAAAAAUAUUGCUGCUCCGGGCUUUUAAAUGAAUAGAACUAUGAACUAGAGACCUAUAUUUUGAAGCUUAUCUUUACUGAUGGGCACACACAAUUCCAUCCAGUCAAGGACAGUUCACACAUAUCAAGCGUUACGUGCUGGAUAACGAAAGGAAAGUUACAGUGAGAGUUUACAUUUUAUAAAAGCCAGUGAGCUUCCAAGGGUGUAGGACAAGGGCUUCUCUACCUAAUUAAAAUAGACAAUCUCGGUGGUCUCUAAUACAGAACACUAGACAACACGUUUAAUACUGUAAGAGGUACCAAAGUAAAAUUUAUCAGCAAACCCAGUCUAUAUUAACCAAAGUAAUAGAAGUAAAACAACCUCAAUACCACUGCACUGCAAGAUAAACAAAUGAUAUGCACUCAUUUUGGGCACUUGCAGAAUAUUUAACUAGUGAAAUUGUAUAAAAUGGUGAACAACAAAAUAACUACUUCCUUUUCACAAAUCCUGUAUACUCUCAUUAACUGGUCUAGAAACAGCACUGAACCAUUAAAUUACAUUUUUGCUGCUUUACAAUUUUCAACUUUUCAGUCUAGCCAUUACCAUUAAACUGGUGUGCCUGCAUGCUGUAAUUAUUCACGUUAUCUGCGGAAGAAGGAAAUGUUCUGAAGUAAGAGUUGAGAAAAUUGGACAUCUACAUAUCUGUAAUUGUUUGCUAUGUAGAAGACAUUAUUCAAGUUGUACUUUGUUUUAGAAAUCAGGUUUCACUUUUUUUUUUUUUAAACCUGUUACAAAUAUGCACUCACCCACUUCUAUAACUUGAGCAAUACAUUAAUUAGUUGCUUUUUGUUACUAUUUACUACAGUUGUUUAUUAUAAAUCUAUGUUUGGGCACAACAUAUUUCAUAUUCAGUAAAGACAAAUGUGUUUUUUCUUCUAAUGCACAAAAUUGAACUAACAUUGCAUGCACUGCAUGUGGAAAAAAUACAAAACUAGUUGCAAUAAUUAAAAGUUCCUGUAUCUCUUGCUACAUCUUAUAAGCUGGCAUUGCUUUCACUUUACAUGUGGGGACCCCCGUUCUAUUUUUGAUGGGACUAUACAACUGAUGAGCCAAUCAAAAGUUGUGUAUUUAACUAAUGAAAAUGGCCUAUAUAAAUGACUGGGACUGUGAUUAGAAGAAAAAAAAAUUGUGGAGGUCAGAUCAACCCCAGCAGAUGGAAAGGCACAGCACACAAAAUCUAAAAAUAUUUUAAGUGACUCAGGUGAAUAGAUGGACAAAAACUAGGACAGCUUCAAGUUCUUUUGAUGCACUGUUAAGAUUAAGAGGUUUGUAAUUUCUCAGUUAUAUGCAUGUUUCUGCUGUGAUCAUACUUUUACUGAAACUCAUAAAAAAUGGUUGCUUCUCCUUUUUCAUUGACAGUUUUUAACAAAUCUACAUUUUACAGUCCAAUUGAAUGUUAAUCAGAAUAUCAGAGGUUAUGGUUACAUACAUUUUGUUAACAUAACGGUACAUUUUAAAUCCAAUUUUAAAUCCAUUUCCAGCUAACUUGUUCUAAAACAGUUCUGAAAGGAUUCCAUAGUUUACUAUGGUGGUGACUUUUUUAAACAUUUAAACUUACACAUAAAAUAUAGAUUCAUAAAACAUAUUAUAGACCUUUUUAAAUAGUGGUAAUUUCUCUUACUAAAGCACUGACUGAAGCUAUUUCAGGACAAAUGUAAGCCAAUGUGCCAGGCUUUGUAACUAAAUGCCGGGCCCCUGUCCUUAGAAUAAUAGUUUUCUUUCAUAACCUUCUGUCUCUAUAUCAUGUCAAAUGUAUGCACACUAAAGCUGCUAGGAACAAGGGGAAAAGGAUAGUACAGAAAGAUGAGAUCCACACUGCCUCAAACUUCCUGUUACCACCCCGCAUACCGUGUAAACCCAUUGUAAUGAUGGCUCUUGUGCUCAUCACCUCACCAAUCAAGGUGACAUCCAUCACACAACUUGUGUAUUGUCUGCCUGGCAUUCCUAGCACUUACAAUUACUUCCAGAGCUCAGGAGGCUGAUCUACUCAUGUUGUGUACAAGAGCUUGCAACUAAUGCAUCCAGGGCUUUUGAGCCUCUGACUCUUACACUGUCUGAAAGGGUAGAAUCAUUUUGAAAAGGCACUUUCUUGUGUAGCCCUUGCUUGUAUCUUAAACUGUGGGGUAUUUGUUUGAAUAUAGAAUCUACAUGUACAGGCAGGGCCCUAUAAGGGCAGUUCCUUACAACACCUACAAUGUUUAAUCAUAUGUAACCCCACAACAAGUGAAGAAUGUGUCAAGAUUGUAACACUGUUGAUUGUGUUUUUAUCUCAGGUCUUAAUACACAUGUAAAGCUUGCUUCUGUUGUUCUCCAGGAUAAACAUUUUUAUAAGGGUAUGUUGCAGUGUAUAAUGUUAAGAUUUCUUUUAUAUUUGAACUCCAUAUUGUAGUUACAUUU